AGCACUGGGCAGUGCUGCUGGUUCUCUGGCCAGUCUGACAUCCUCAGCCAUUUAGGGGGCUUGACUAUUUUUUUUUGUAUUGGGCCAUUUCAUCGAAUUUCCUGAGAGUCAAGAAGGGCCAACCAGCAGGGAAAAAGAAAAGCUGGGUGUUAGGUGUCUUCUAAGAAACUUCUGUAGCUGGUACUAUGAAACAGCGACAAAAGAGGAAACAUCUGGAAAAUGAAGAGUCCCAGGAAACGGCCGAGCACGGAGGAGGAGUCUCAAAGUCCCCUGAAGAUGCCCCUCAGCUUGGAUCACGUGGGGUGGCCAAAGGCUGGGACUCAGGGGUAGGGGAGGUGUCCUCUGCCUCUGAAUACUUCUCCUGUGCUUCUUCUCCACGCAAGUUCAUCCAUGUCGGACUCCGGAGAGUACAUCGAGACAGUCCCCAGCCUAGAUCACCCCUAGUCCAGGGUCAGGAGCGAGGGGAGACUGCUCCCCCCUCACACCAUGUCUCCUUCUCGUCCCCUUCGUCCUAUAAGACCUGUGUGUCCUCUCUGUGCAGAAACAAAGAGGAAAAGGGCAUGAAAAUAUACUAUAUGCAGGUACAAAUGCAAAAGGGUGUGGCUGUCUCCUGGGAGACAGAGGAGACCUCAGACUCACUAGAGAAGCAGCCAAGGAUGGAAGAGGUGACCCUUCCUGAGAACGUGCGGGUAGGUACCCCCCCCUCAGAUGUGUCCACCCGAAACCUGCUGUCUGACAGCGAGCCCAGCGGGGAGGAGAAGGAGCAUGACGAGCGGGCGGAGUCAGACAGCCCGCCAGGCUCGCCCGCGGCUGAGGAGAGACCCAGGGCCAAGACCCCCGACUGGCUGGUGACCAUGGAGACCGGCUUCCGCUGCAUGGCCUGCUGCCGGGUCUUCUCCACCUUGGAGAUCCUCCAGGAGCACGUCCAGAACGGGAUCAGGGAGGGCUUCAGCUGCUACCUGUUCCACCUCACCAUGGCUCAGCUGACGGGCAGCGCCGCAUCCGAGGGCACCCAGGGGGAGGAGGACGAUGAGAACGAGGAGGAGGGGAAGGAGAGGCCGGAGGAAAAGGAGGACGAGGAGCAGCCCGCACAGAAAAGCCCUGGCGUGAAGCGACCCUGGAGCCAGUGCCCAGGCUGCGCGUUUCAUUCUCCAAAGGACAAGAACAAUUGAGAUUCAUGAGCCAGAAGGUCCUGGAAGAUGGUGUGGCCUUCUCUUGGGAGAAGGAGAAGAAAGGACCCUGGGGUUAGUCACAGACAUAAUGCCAAUGAUGUGAAGAAAGAUGAAGGAACAGGCACUCACUCUAGCAUCACAUGAAAAUAUAAAGACCAUAUGUAAUAAAGGCUGUUGUCCAAAC